UUAUAACUUUCCUUAAAGUGUCAUUUGAACUUUCAGUCAAGUCGUGAUCACUUGCAGGAAGAACAUCUUUCGUAAGACACAACUUUUUAGCCCUUGGCUCAGACAUUUUAACAGCGGUACGUAUUGAAAUAUGGCUGUUUUUUUCGAGAACUUUUAGAAAUGAGUAUAAUGUACACGUUUUGUGGAACAGAUAACGAUAUUUUACCUCUAGUGCGGACGAAAAAGCACAUUCAGUGCUCUCCACAAGUUCGUAAGAAAUAAUCCGUUAAUCUGCGUUGGUGUAAAUAUUGCAUGAUUGUUAUUGGGGUUGAACAAACAAAUUGUAGUAAUACUACUGCGGAGAGUCCUUGUGAAAAGAAGUGUGUUUGGAUUCGAGUUACAUAUGGUGUACAGAAAUUAUAUUUGCAUGUCCUCUUUACUUACGGAAUUCUAUGUAACUGCGCGCACUAUGUAUUUGCUAAGGCAGAACAUAUCAAUGAGCGUUUGUGAUUUUAAAGGCGAGAUAGUGUUUCGAAACAAAUUUGAGUUCAAAGUUUACAUUCUUGCUAAUUUUGCCCAAUGCGUUGGUGUCCCCGCGGACGCUCUUAAAAAAAUGAACGAUUCGUUUUUCGUGCACGAAAAUUGCUUUCAAGGGAAAGCUAAGUUUUCCGUACCCCUGGUGGGAGCCACAGGAUUCAGGUAAAUAUUCUUACUUUUGGAUAAAUAAAUAUAAAACACAACAGAAACUGGAGAUUUGACUGACGGAUCAGAACACAGGGGUGAAUUACUCAAGUGCUUUGCGAUUGUGUCUGUACACAGCCUCACUGCAGGCCUCGGGCUUAAAACACGAGAUAAAAAUUUAAAAGUUUCCACAAUCCUGCCUUCAAUCAAACUGACUCGGUUCAAAAAUGUAACGAACCAAUUUUGGGUCAGUUAGCUUUUGAUUCACUCUACAGGAGAGAAGUAUCCAAAAGUACUGUGCUUCGGGCUUAAUCCGCUUAAUCAUCAUAAAUUUUUCACUGACUUAUCUUCGUCGUCGGCCGGGAGUCAAAUUCAGUUUCUUUGGCCCUCUUCUCUGAACGAGAUCCUUGUAUCAGCAGCGUCGCGGUAUUUCUUGUAAGGUUCUGUCCUGUACUAAAUUACCUUAAACUUGUAUGAGAUUUGAAAAAAUUGCAGUAGUGGAAUUUAAAGCUAGGAACUAAGAGUUAGGGACAAAGGAAGAGAGAAUAAGACAAACAACACGAUGGAAUAACUCAGGAUAAAGGAGAUUAAUUUAAACCGGAUUUCAAAUUACGAACAUUUUAGGCUAAAUUUUUUAAGAAUCGCCAGUUGUCUCGUAACAUGCAUUUCAGGCAUUUUUCUCUUUUCUUUGAAUCACUGAUAAGAUUUUUUUUUUCAAGUAGUUUUGGUUAUCAAAUGCAGCUAAAACGUAAUCCUUUUAUGAACAAAUCAGUGGAAUUUUGUCCGAUUUUCGUGUUAGUUAUGAGACAUAUUCUGGUGUCAAUCUAAUAAAUAACAUAACACUUGAGAGCUGACUAUAUUUCUAUUUUGCAGUUUUGUCGUCUAACGAGCCCCAUAUCUGUCAUAAUGAUUUCUCUGGGGGACCUGUUUUGUUUUCAACUUAUAAAGAAAACCACAAAGACUGUGCCAAAGUUGAUCUUGUGAUCGUUCCAACAGCCUGUAAAAUUGGCCGCAGGAAACAAUACAGAUACAAAAGCUUAUUAGAGAUCAUUUGUACAUCGCAUUAUUCCGUUUUCAAUGCCCUGUUUAUCAUAUGAAGAACGUAUUUCCUGCUCUAAGAGGAUUGAGCCGUAAUAACUUAGUUUUGAUGGUUUUGGUAUGUUAAAAUGAUAAUGAAAUCCCGUUUGAUAUGACAGUGAUUCAUUUCAAUGCGUUACUGUUUUUCAGCUGUAGGUGGAGUAGCAAGGCUUUCUCACUUUGCGGUGGCAUAAAACGGCGGUGUUACUGCGAUCUUUCAUUAUGACGGCGGUGAAAACCUUGAUAGCUUUUUGCCUGCUGACCGAAAUUGUUCAGGGGGACACACUGUGGUACAAUGGCAAAGAAUCACUUGCAAAAAACUUGGCCAACUCGCCACGCGUCUACGGAUUAUCAUCACCUAGAAAGGUGUUUAUUACAAACACCAGGGGGAAACUAGAGGUUAAUGCAGUGCUCGAGAAUCUUGAAUCGACGAUCUCAAAGGCGCGCAGAACUUCGCGAUCAACAACUGCAAAACAUAGGUCGAAACGAGUGAUAUUUUCAGGGGACGACCGCGUGGAGAUACCUCAAAAAUUAUUGGAAAAAUGCCCCUUUAGCGCAGCCGUGAGAAUCUCAACGGGUUGCUCCGGAAUCCUGGUGUCACCCAAGCACGUUUUGACUUCGGCUCACUGUCUACACAACGGAAGCCACUACGUGGAAGGAUACAAAAGCCUAAAGGUUGGUUUCCUGUUAAGAAAUGGUACCACAGAAUGGCGAGCGAUCAGCUCCACUAAGAUGUCCAAAAUGUGGAAGAAUGGAAGUGAUCCAAGUGCUACGAAAUAUGAUUACGCCCUUAUAAAGCUCCAAAGAAAUCAUAGUCGAUGCUUUCUGCCCAUUUCUCCGAGCAGGACUUUCUUCUACGGAUCGUACUGCGCACACGAGGCAAUUAAUUUCUCUGGUUUUGAUGAGGACAGGAAAGAUGGGACUUUACUAUACAGGUUUGUUAAUUUUCACCCCUACUCGACCAGUCAAAUAUUAAACGUCGAGGUUUUAACUGUUUAACCUCCUUUAUUAAAUUAUAAUUAAUUAUAAACCGUAAACCAUAAACACUUAUACUUAUAAUAGUGUAAAUGUUUAUGGUUUAUUUUAUCGUGAUGAAAAAGACAAAAAAAUGAAAGUAUUAUCAUUUUUCUAGCGAAGUAGUCAUGCCGUUACUUCCGAUGUAGACCGCGCCGUUUCAACUUCGCACCAUAAAGUCGAUUGUUAGGUCGAUUACUUACGCGUAAACCUCUGCAGACUUAAGCUUCGUUUCAACAGCUGUGAUUGGUGCAUUUCCACUUUGUCUUCCCUUAGUAGCCAUUGGUGUAUGUUCUCCUGCUUUACUUGUUUGUGGACAUCCAUCCUACUGGAAUGCCUUCAGUUCCACUGUCUUUCUUGAUAUCCAGUGCCAGGGAGAAAACUUUCGUGAAUUGCCUCUUUCACCUUGCAUAUGUAUUAGAGAGUGCUUUAACCUCCCGCCCACGCAGCACUUCAAGUGACAGAUUUAUCUUUACGAUGAAUUGAAUCACGGGUUCACUUUUUAAACUUUUGAGCCUGAUUUUCUCCAGACAUUUUUUUGUCUUACCCUCAGGUCAACAUGUGAUGUGUGAUCUUUCGUGGUCACAUACUUGAGGCAGGAACAAGAAUGAGACAGAAUUUUCCUUCUUCACAGCAGGUGGCUUCGUGCCUCACGGAAUCAGGGAGUCACCGUUUCGAACUUUGUCUAAAAUACCUAAUUAAAACUCCUUUAUCCACUAAGACUCCAAUUUUUCAUUUCUCGGCUUUUACAUUUCAUUUUUUUUCUCUUUUAUAUAUAUAGAAGUUGCCGAGUUCUGACUUAUUCCGCUAACCUGCUCUAUCACUGCUGUGAUGCCCAGAGAGGUUCGUCGGGCGCAGGCGUCUACGAAAUUCACAGGCCUAAAAAAGGGAAAUAUCUACGCUACGUCGUUGGCGUAUUUUCUGGGAACCGCGACAAAAUUACCAGGAGACCCCCACAGUUUACUUGUAGCGGUCACUCCAGAAGGAUCUGGUUCACGCCGUUUUACAGCACGAAUUAUAACGCCGCCCUGCGUUUCAAGGAGCAAGACGUGUAUCACAUCUGUACAUGGAUGCGCAGACUUGGAGGAGAAAACUGCAAAAAGUUCCUCAAGGAAAGAAGGCGAAAAAGGCGUCAGUCGGCUAGGAAGCGCCGAGAAAGAAGUAAGGAGGCAUAUGCCCGUUGCCAAAGCAUGCUUUAGACGGUUGUCAUAGCAACUGAGAGGCCGUCCGUGACGACAUAUAAAACUGUAAUAGGAAUUCAUAAAAAUCACAUCGACCACUUCUAACCAUCAAGGAGUAAUUUUGUUCGCUUAUAGCAUAGCAGGUUCUUUAAAUUUGUUUCCCGAGAUUGACCGUAAACGUUACUUGCUGCAGGCCAUAGCAUACAUAUUUUGACGAAUACGAUUGUUCUCACGCAGAAAAAGGAAAGUGUCCACUUUUAUUUGCAACUUCAUUUUUAUCAACUAAUUCGAAAAAAAUAUAAUCCCCUCCCCUCCCCCAUUUAAAAGCUCUAUGUCCAGAGCGAAACUCCUGCCCUGUAGUAAAAGCCCUG